GCCGUUGGUCAGAGAAGCGUCGGCGCAUGCGCGGAAGGGGCGGGUGCUGUGAGGAAAGGGCCACUUCCUUGUCUCUUCGUCCUCCCUCUUCUCCUGGCGAGCCUGAGCCCAGGCCUUCCCCACAGACGGAUCCUGCGGCUGCUCCCACAGAGGAGGCCCGGGGAUUACAGCCCCAUCCAUUCCAGAGAGAGAGCAGGCCUGGCUGGGCCAACCUUGGGAAGACGGGACGGUGUGGAGACUGAAGGGGAGCUCCAUAGGAGGCCAGGUCGGCCUGAAGACCGGAGAAGCAGAGGCCGAGUGACCGAAGGGAGGGCCUAGCAUUUCCUGGCUCCGAAAUAAAUACAGGCCUUGUUUUUACUCUUAAAAAAAUCCCCCCAAAGCCCAUUGUUUAAUCCUUACUUCCUUUCACAGAGGCAAUGUGAUUGUUGCUUGAGACUUUUGGAGCAGAGCCUGUCAGUUGACAGAAGUGGGAGGGAAAGCAUCUUGGAUACAGUUUGCUUCUUCAUCAAAUAGUGGUUCCAACAUGGAGAGACCGAACUCACCUGGACCUGAAGCAGAACUUUGGAGCAGUGGGGAAUCCUGGGGAAAAACUACACAUAAGUUCCUGAGUGUGGACCUUUAUAGCUCAGACGUACAGCGCCAGUGCUUCAGGCUGUCCUCCUACCACGAGGGUGAGGGACCCAGAGAGGUUUGCAGCCGCCUCCACAAUCUCUGCCGCCAGUGGCUGAAGCCAGAGCAACACACCAAGGCUGAGAUGCUGGACCUGGUGAUCCUGGAGCAGUUCCUGAGUAUCCUGCCCCCAGAGAUGAAGAGCUGGGUCCCAACAGAGCAAUAUCUUGGUUUUUCAGAGUUUUGGCGGAGAAUCUGUUGCCCCAUAAGAGAGGAAGGAAAAUUAAAUUGGAUUUCACUUGCUGCUUCCUUGGAUACCACUGCAAAGAAUGACAGUCCCAACUCAACUGGACCUGUAGCUGGAAGAAGCCUUGAUAUUAUUGGUAGUGAAAGCAUUGUGGGAUUCUGGCAAAGAACUAUGAAGAUAUUCCUGAAGGAAAACAUGGCUAGCUCAGACAUACAGCGCCAGAGGUUCAGGCAGUCCUCCUACCAAGAAGGCGAAGGAUCCAGAGAGGUUUGCAGCCGCCUCCAUGAUCUCUGCCGCCAGUGGCUGAAGCCAGAGCAACACACCAAGGAUGAGAUGCUGGACCUGGUGAUCCUGGAGCAGUUCCUGAGCCUCCUGCCCCCAGAGAUGGGGAGCUGGGUCCAAGAGUGUGGGGCAGAGACCUGUUCCCAGGCGGUGGCCCUGGCGGAAGGUUUCCUCCUGAGUCGGGCAGAGGACAAGAGGCAGGAAGAACAGGCCCAAAAUAACUGCAUUGAAGUACAGCCUGAUGUCCCUUCUUCAGAAAAACCUUACUUACACUCUACCCAGAGUCUCCAGCAGAAGGAGCUCAAGGAGAAAGGGGAUGAGGCUGCAGCCCUGCAGGGGGCUAGAAUGGUGUUGUUGCCGAAUCUUUGGUCAUUUCUUCCCCUUUCUGAUGGAGUGGAACUGAAUCAGGGCCCCAUCGCCUUUGAGGACGUGGCUGUCCAUUUCUCCCCGGAGGAGUGGGUUCUUCUGAAUCCUGAUCAAAAAGUCUUGCACAUACAGAUCAUGGAGGAGAUUUGUGGGAUUGUGGACUCUCUUGCAAAUAACUGGAAGAGCAAUGUAUGCACCAAGCACAGGCAGCAUUUGGGAUACAAUGAGGGCCUUCCUAGACACCAGCAAACCCACAGAGAAGAUGGAGAUUCUGCCAGAGAAAGGCUCUACAAAUGCAAUGUGUGUGGGCAGUGUUUUAUCCAAAAUAUGACACUUGUGCUUCACAAGACACUUCAUGCUGGGAAAAGCCAUCAUAAAUUUGAAAUAUCAACAAACGGUGUUGCUGAUUACGAAUUGCCACAUGUGAAAGAAGAAAUCUUUGAAGGAACCGAGGAUUUCAUAAACCGGGAGUGUGGGAAAAAUUUUAUCCAGAGCUCAAACUUUGUGAAACAUGAGAUAUUUUACACAGGACAGGAACCAUACCAAUGCCAGGAGUGUGGGAAAUGUUUUGCUUACAGUUCAGACUUGGUGAAGCACAAAAGACUCCACACUGGAGAGAAGCCAUACCAAUGCCAGGAGUGUGGGAAAUGUUUUGCUUACAGUUCAGAUUUGGUGAAGCACAAAAGACUCCACACCGGAGAGAAGCCUUACCAAUGCCAGGAGUGUGGGAAGUGUUUUGCUUCCAGUUCUGACUUGGUGAAGCACAAAAGACUCCACACAGGAGAGAAGCCAUACCAAUGCCAGGAGUGUGGGAAGUGUUUUGCUGACAGUUCAGCCUUGGUUAGCCACAAAAGACACCACACAGGAGAGAAGCCAUUCCAAUGCCAGGAAUGUGGGAAAUGUUUUGCUUACAGUUCACACUUGGUGAGCCACAAAAGACUCCACACAGGAGAGAAGCCAUACCAAUGCCAGGAGUGUGGAAAAUCCUUUGCUUCCAGUUCACACUUGGUGAAGCACAAAAGACUCCACACAGGAGAGAAGCCAUACCAAUGCCAGGAGUGUGGGAAAUGUUUUGCUGACAGUUCACAAUUGGUGAGGCACAAAAGACUCCACACCGGAGAGAAACCAUACCAAUGCCAGGAGUGUGGGAAAUGUUUUGCUUACAGUUCAGAUUUGGUGUGCCACAAAAGAUUCCACACAGGAGAGAAGCCAUACCAAUGCCCUGAGUGUGGGAAAUGUUUUGCUUAUAGUUCAGACUUGGUGAGGCACAAAAGACUCCACACAGGGGAGAAGCCAUACCAAUGCCAGGAGUGUGGAGAAUGUUUUUCUCGCAGUUCCUACUUGGUGAGACACAAAAUACUUCACACAAGACAGAAUCCAUAGAUAUGCCUGGAAUGUGGGAAAUGUUUUGCUUGAAGUUGAUGCUUGGAGAAUCACAAAAAACUACAGACAGGAAAGAAAGGGUAAAAGUCCCAGAAGUAUGGGAAAUAUUUUACUCAGACUUCAUCCCUUAACAAGCACCAGAGAAUACACAUAGGCUAAAAAGCAUAUAAAUGGUGGACAUGUGGGAAAUAUUUUGUUUGGGGUUCAUACCUUUUGAACUAUUACACACUACAUACAGGACAGACAUCAUCCAAAGAGCUGGAAACUAAUAAAAUGAAUUGCAACAGGGAAAUUACUGGUUCUCGACAUUCUGGUAUAGACUAUAUCUUCAACAUUUCCCGAUGUUGGCUUGACUUUGGACUCAUUUCUUAGACAAUUCUCGUUUUAGUUUUGAACUCUGUUCAGUUUUCUGGCUUAUUUUUUUACUUGGGACUGUUUUGGAGAAUUCUUUUGGUUCUCUGGAUACCCAUAUCAUCUGAUUUCAAAAAGGACCGUUUGAUAAAUUCUGCCUAAGAUUUGGUAGAAUACCCUUUCUUGUCAUUUGAUAGGAAAGUUGGAGGUCCCGUUCUUUGGAGCAGCAGAAAGCAAGCUCCCUGUGACAAUCCUUCAGACAGUUAAAUACAACUGUCAUGUCACUUAUUUUAAAAAGAAACCAUAUGUCAUUCCAUCAAUGGUUCCUCUGGGCUUAGUUUUAACCUAUUUUAACUGAUUAUUUUAAUGUCCUACAAAGAAGGGCUCGUGUUCCAGUUUGGGCUAUUUAUAAUGGUUUUAUUUUAUAUUGUGCGUUUUAAUGCUGCUGUAAAUCACCUUGAGUCUGUUGGAGAAAGGCGAUAUAGAAAUUUCCCAAAUAAAUAAGUUUGCCUGUAGAGUAUUAAAAAA